AUGAGAUUAAGAGGGAAGUUAAAAGACUUAUGGAUCACGUAUCUGGCAUUCAAAGGUGUACUUUUCACUUGUGCUUAUGCACUAAUUUUAUCUAUACUCCCACUUAUGGUACCUGGCAAGCCAGCUAAAGCAGCCUACGUGUUAUUACUUAUGACCGGGUUAUGGAUAUCUGAAGUUAUACCAAUUUAUGUAACCGGUUUGAUUCCAAUGGUUCUUGGCCCAUUGUUACAAAUAUCUUAUCCAUCCAAAAUCUCUCCAGCUUACACAAUGGAUACGAAUAUGCUAACAUUAGGGGGUUUGUUAAUGGCAUGUGCAGUGGAAAAUAAUGAUGUGCAUAAGCGAAUCGCUAUAUCUAUUCUCAGACUUUUUGGGAGUGAUCCGAAAAUGUAUGUUUCAGGAAAUUUAAUACUCGCAAUUCUUGAAUUAUUACUAUUUACAGAAGAAGAAGAUUAUCUAGAAACUGAUGGUGGCAAUGAACUUUCAGAAGAAGGGAGAAACACUGUCCAAGAAAGUACCCACAAUUCUUAUUCACAACUCAAUGAUGUUGAACUAAGUCCCGAUCAUAUAGUAAGACAAUCUAUGAGCACCAAACGACUCAAAGAAGUGUUCAGAAUGAAUGCUGGUCUUAGUCUUUCUAUCUCUUAUGCAUCUUCAGUUGGUGGUAUAGCAACAACAAUAGGCACACCACCAAAUACCUAUCUUUAUGGAUUAAUUGUGAAUCGUUAUGGUGAUUCAACAGGCUUCGACUUUGGGACAUGGAUGUUAUUCGCAUUACCACUUUCAAUCAUUAUGUUUCUAAUUAUUUGGUUUUGGUUCAGUGUAUUAUUUUUCGGACCCAAAAAUCUGUUGACUUUUAAGCAGUCAGAAAGAAAGAAAAAACUAAUUGUUCGUGUACUGGAUGCAGAGCAUGAGAAACUUGGCUCGUUCAAAUAUUGUGAAGGUCUUACCAUAAUUUUAUUCACAAUUCUUACAAUACUGUGGAUAACAAGGAAAUCGGGCACUGUAGGAUGGGGGAGGUUCUUCGUUGACAAAAGCGAUCCUAAAGCCAAAUUACUAGCGUAUAGUAUGACCACCUUUCUUGGUAGUAAACGUAAAUUUAUGAUACUGAAUUGGAAAGAAAACAAAAAUGUGAAGGAAUUGGGAUACACCCGUUUAUUUUAGCACUUCCUGUGACUGUUGCCGCUUCGUUUGCAUUCGUACUACCUGUUGGAACGCUACCUAACACGAUUGUUUUUGCUAAAGGAAGAGUCAAGGUUA